AUGUCUGGAAAUCCCAACAAUCAAAAGCUGGGGAAGCGAAAAACCCCGGCUCGUCCCCAGGCCGAUUGGCUUUUUCCGGGCGGCGCAGGGCAACCAAAAGCUGCUGGCAAAGCGAAGGGCAAGGGCCAGCAAGAAAAGAAACUGGCAGAUGAGCUUCUCAAGAAUGCCUCUCGACCUACACCAUCUGCGAAACUCCUCGAUCUGGUCGGCUCAUUUCUGUCUGAAUACGAAUUCACGAGCACAAGCCGAACCCUUCUCACCGAGCGCAAACAGCGAGGAAUUCCAGUAGAAUCGAGCGCAACAGAUACACCCCCACUAAACACGAUCUACGAUGAAUGGGUUGCAGCAAAGGACGUCAAGGCAGCACCUCUUGAGGCUACUGAAGACAAAUCGAGCAGUGUCACGCCGUCCAAGGCUAAGAAGUCCACAAAAGCAGAGAAGAAAAAGGCAAAGGUGCAAGCUCCUGAGAGUAGCAGCAGUGAAAGCAGUAGCUCGGAGAGUUCUGAUAGCGAUGUCGAAAUGGAAGAUGCACCACCAGCCAAGAAGUCAUCGCGAAAGUCUGUGUCUUCUUCGUCUUCCUCGAGCAGCUCGGACAGUGAUGCGGAUGAUGAGAAGGAUGUUCCCGUUGCCAAAUCUCCGACACCAAAAUCAAAACCCAACGUCCUCAAGCGCAAAGCUUCAUCUAGUAGCGAAUCCUCAUCAGCAUCCGACUCUAGCUCCGAUGACGAUGCUCCCAAGACUAAAAAGGCAAAAACAAAAGCUGCUUCUCCCUCUGAUAGCGACUCAUCUUCAUCAUCUUCAGAAUCCGCCUCUUCAUCUUCCUCUGAUUCUUCCGAUCAGAAAGAGAAUGUGAUUCAAGAAAAAAGUGCCAAGAGCGAAUCUUCUUCUUCUUCGUCCUCAGACAGUGAAUCUGCAGACUCCGACAGCAGUGAUUCAGACUCUUCCACUCAAUCUCUUGCCAAAAAGACGCCAUUGCCUGCAUCCGACUCUGAGAGUUCUUCCGAUGAUGAUUCCGAUGAUGAUGAAGAAAAGAAGCCUUCCAAAAGCUCAGAUACCAGCGCUACCCUCUCCGAUACCUCCAAGAAGAGCAGCUCUGCAUCUGGCUCCUCAGACACCUCAACCUCCAGUGAUUCCGAAGUCGACAAAAAGUCAAAGAAGAGCAAGAAGGCCUCGAAGGUUGCUAAGAAGGAUACUGCGAAGACGGAGGUUGUCAAGAUGGAAAUUGACCCACCGCUGCCCCCUGAGCCAAAAAAGCCCUUCAAGAAGCAAAAUGUUCCUUUCUCGAGAAUUCCCAAGGAUAUCAAGGUUGACGAGCGCUUGGCAAGCAACGCAUAUGUCCCAUACGACUAUGCUCAAAAAGCACACGAGGAUCUCAUUGUCACCAAAGGCAAGGGCUUCACCAAGGAGAAGAACAAGAAGAAGAGAGGAAGUUAUCGCGGCGGGUUCAUUGACGUUGAGGGAAAGAAGGGAAUUAAGUUUGAUGAUUGA